AACACGGCGACAAGAUGGCCGCUUAUAGGGGAGUGUUAGGUUAUGAUGAUUAGUUCGGAUUUCUCUUCGUGUGUGUAGAUAUUGUUUUGUGUUUGCGCGGUGUGUGUGUGUGUGUGUGUGUGUGUGUAAUUGUGGUUAUGGCUGCGGUUAGAGGGUUUUAUCGCUCAGUCCGCCUGCUGCUUGGACAGAAACACACCGCGACACGGAACCAGGACAUCGCAGUGCGGAGUUGGAGUCGAGCUGCAGCUGAUCCAGCGCCGGAGAUCAACCAGAAUGAAGAUGUUAAUCAGACGUUUGUGAACCGAAACCCUAGGAAUCUGGAACAGAUGGCCAUCGCUGUGAAGGACCGAGGCUGGGCCACCGUCUGGCCCAAGAGAGAGUACUACCACAGGUUGGUGCUGAAGCGCUCGCAGCAUCACGUGUCUGCUGCGGUGUUUUCGCGAGACUCGGACGUCCCCGUGCUGACGUGCUCCACACAGGAGUGGGCUCUGAAGAAGCAGCUGAGCUCCACGCGCUCGGUGGCCGCGUGCCGCGCUGUGGGAGACGUUCUGGCUCAGCGAUGCUGCGAAGCCGGAAUCACUCGACUCCUUUAUCGAGAGGUUCCCUGGACGUUCCGCUCCGACGCCGUCCAGACGUUUUGGACGGCCAUGAACGAGGGGGGCGUGCUGCUCAGUGAACCUAAACGUAAAUUUAUUUAAUAUAUUUUUUCCCCUUUUAUAAUCGACCUGAAACUCUGAAUAAAGAUCUGUAUAAACAUGAUGGUGUGUUUUUUUUUUUUUAAAUGUAUUUUAAUUGAAUUAAUUCAAUUGUCGGUUAUAUUUGUUUGGCAGUUCAUGCAUUUAGUUUGUAGUGUACAGUAAAUUAGCAUAAUAUUUUUAUAUUUGCUGAAACGUAGCAGCAUUCAUCUUAAUCUGAUCAGCAAAUCAGUUUAGAAGCAAUAAAACCACUUUAAUAAAUUUAUAUUUUAUUUUAAGUCCAGCAAGGAUGCGUAGUACAUACUGUAGAUACAUCAGUGAUAAAACUGGAAGGGAAAAAAAAAAAGAUAAUACAUAUUGCCAGAUUACAGAUUAAAAGAUUCAGAAUUAAACAAGUUAGACGAUUUACCCCUCACCAGUGGAACUAUAAAUACGCGGAUUAUCUGGCAACCCUGUCUGUAAUGCCUGUGUAAAAGAUAUCAGAUAUUUCCAGAUCAGAGAGAG